AAUCUAUUGUAUCUAAUAUUAUAAAUUCUACUUUAGAAACUGAAAUACAAGAUAAUGAUUUAGAAACUGAAACACAAGAUAAUAAUUUAGAAAUUGAAAUACAGGAAAAUGAAGAAGUAUCAAAUAAUAGUGAAGAUGAUGAAAAUAAUAAUAUAGAUAAAGAAGAUAUUUUUCAAAAGUUUACUGAUUAUUUAUCUGAAUAA